AUGGCCGCCACUAAAGAAUCUUCAUCGCGCUGGGCGCUACUGAUUGGAAUCAAUUAUUACCCCAAAGACCGCCAUCUUCAUGGCAGUGUCGACGACGUUAGCGACAUCAGGGCCUAUCUGGAACAGCACAGCGCUACGGCUAUCCAUAGUUCCGUGCUCACAGCCACUGUGCCCAAGGAUCAUCAAUCCACUAAAGAUCCACCAGAGACACCCGAUGAGAGGCCAACCAGGGCGAAUGUUCUGAAGCAGCUUCGCUUAAUUAUUGAUUCUGCGAAACCUGGCGAUCAUGUGUAUAUCCACUUCUCUGGACAUGGUACUCAAUUACCAUCGGACGGCAACGUUGGCGAAACUGGCUUCGGCGAGUUAGGUCUUGUUCUUUAUGAGAAUGGUGAGCAUGGUGCUAGCUACUUUCGCGGGCGCUUUUUAGCACAGGCUCUCAAACGAAUGGUCGACAAAGGCCUCAUUAUCACAGUUGCAUUGGACUGCUGUUUUUCGGGUGCCGUGACUCGAGGCGACCGGGUCCGGGCUAUGAAAUACGACCCGUCGCUUGACACCGACCGUGCUGAGCAGGAGCAAGAAUGCAAAGAAGCCCUAGGUAUUCCCGGGCGCGAUGCAAGGAUUGGCAAAGAUUGGCUUGUCAAUCCCGAAGGGUACACAAUUAUUACAGCGUGCGGUCCACACGAAAAGGCCAUGGAGGUCCUUGUCAACAAGACCCAGAAACGAGGCGCGCUCACCCAUCACCUUCUCAGGGCCCUUACGACCUUGGCAAAUGUGAAUGACGCUGUAUCGCACCAAUCGCUCCAUGAGACCGUUGUUUCUAUGAUGCAAGCGUCAGGAUGCAGCCAGACUCCAAUGCGCUACGGGAAUACUCACCUCUCCUUCUUUGGGCCACUUCUGGGUCCAGUCUCCCUUACUGCUUGGCCAGUAUGCAAGAUUGAAGGUUCAAGGAUUUUUAUCAAGGCUGGACAAGUACAUGGAAUCUCAAUCGGAGAUGAGUUUACUGUCCAAAACAGUCUUUCCGUUACCCCGAGUCGAGUUGAUCGUUCGAGGGUCAAAUUCGUAGUUUCCAAUGUUUGGCCUUUCGAGUCAGAGUUGAUAGUUGCACAAGGCAAAAGAGCGUCAACACCAGCCUUCGCUUUGAGCAGAAAAGAUAUAGGGACAUUGCAUGCCACCCAACUAUCGACUGUUUCAUCUCAAGGCAUCAAGGUAUGGCUUCCGGCAGACUUGCUACAAAAUUCGAAGGCAAAAGACAGAUCAGAAGUGUUACAAUACUCUGAGGCGAUCACAGACAAAGAUGAAAAGGCCCUCUGUAUGUUUGAACUAACCAUCAACAAAUUGAACCGAUACGAAAUCUUCGGUGAAGCACAGGAGAACAUGCUUCAGCUCCCAACACUCGACUCCAGCCUAAAAGAUUCAUUUCCUAAAAUGAUGGAAGUUCUUCAACAUGUCGCAACGUUCAAGUACUUCGAAGGCUUAGUCAAUCUACUUCCGUCCCCGGAGCUAAGAGCAAAAUACGCGCUCAAGCCGAUGUUAGACUCCACCACAAAUGGAAUCUUUAAAGUCUUAGACGGAGGGACGUUUGGAUUCACUAUCGAGAACCUUGCGGACCAUCCGCUCUACAUGGCUGUCUUUGACUUUGCUCCUUCUUGGGGUGUGAACAACCUGAUCUCUACUUCCGGAGGAGGCGAUUAUGUCCUCAUACCACCAACUCAUGGCCAGAAUCGUGGCAUAAAAGAGAUGAAGUUGAAAAUGACGGUUCCAAGCCCUCUGAGUUUACAGGGCCAGGCUAAAGAUGUUAUCAAAGUUUUCAUAACAGACAAACCGGUCUCAUUUCCGGGCAUGGUGUUGCCGGGACUGGAUGUCAAGUCGAUUUUGAGGAACUCAUCUGCUGGGGCAGAUAUUCUUUCUGACCUUAUCAAGCACUUGAGCACUGGAGGAAGAAUGAGGAGUGCUGGAAAUAAGGGAGCUUGGAUAUCGCAAAACUUCGUUGUUUGGACAUCUAUCAACUGA